AUGGACUUGCGACCGGGUUAUCGCCAUAAGGACGACAUGCAAUCAUUGAAAAUACGAGAGGAAGAAAACAACCCAACGAUGGAAUCCGGUUCCUUUGAGAUGCCUGAGAGCCCGACGGGAAAGACUUCUGCAUUAAUAAUCACUCCUGAACAAGUCAAAUGGCUGAGGGAUUUUUCAAACCGCGGAGUUUCGAUCGAUGAUAUCCAUAAUGCAACUCGUUAUAACCUCAAAUUGGCAACUCUCAUGGUAUUGAAUGAACGAGACGUUGGUCUCCCAGCAGCAUUCUUACUGAGCGGGACGAUGACUUCAUCAGAUGUGGCGAAGCUAUUCCUCGAGUUGAAAAAGGUCUAUCCGGAUUUCAACCCUGCGCAGAUAGUGAUUGAUGAGGCGCCUUCUUUUUACAAUGGAUUUCAUUCUGUGUUCCCAAACUCACGCGCGAAAUUGCAUUAUUGUCGAUGGCAUAUUGGAAAGACACGGGAAAGGAGUGCAAACAAAUAUGUUGAACUUCGAAUAAGAACUCGAGUGAAGAAGAUGUUGAAGGACCUUUUGAUAAGUCAUAAGGGAACUGUCGUCGUUUCAACAACAUUUUGCCGAACUCCUUGCAUACCUGCGGACGGAGGGUCAGGAACAAAUGGAAGACUACUUGAGACAUAA